AUGGAUCAGCUCUCGUUGGUGGUAGACCAUUGCGCAGCUUUUGGCCACGCCUUCGCCUUCCAAGACGCCGAAAUCUUGGGCCAAGUGAGCGAUCAAACGGUCAGGGAGACGCUCGAAGCCUGGCGCCCCACAACUACCUCAAUCAACCGAUGCGUAACUCUGCCGGCUGCCUACCAAGCCCUACGGAUAAGGUUCAAUAGGCAGGGCUACCGACGAGUCGUCAGGCCAGAGACGGCAUUACUCAAACCCGAACCAAGCGGGAACGCAGACGGGCAUAGACAGGCACCGGGAACGGACGAAGCCGGGGGACAACCGGCGGCGAACGCAAACCCAGGAGACCGCCUUCUGGGUCCGAACGCAGACAGACGCCAGCACUCGAUGAGAACGCCCGACAGUGACAGGAACCCGCAGCCCGACGUAAACAGUGGCAUGACAACCACCGUCAACGCGGUUACGGGCAGGUGCGAACGGGGCAGGAAGGCGAGAUGCGUCGAGGGCGGACAACGGACAAUGCAAACAAGAGCAAUGGCCGCGGUCACCCCGGCGCCGCUCCCCUCCCCACACCCGACAGAGGAUGAGGAGGAACCGAUGCCGCCAUGGCAACCAUCGCCAUACCGUGUGAUGCCGCGCGCUGGAAGUCAAUGA